AUGAUCCAGGGUCUACUAAUAAACCAGGACUUGGAUAUAACUCCCAAAAGGGUUGUCUCAAGGGAAAACGCGGCCGACAGCCUCUCGAGAGGCAUUAUUCAACCACAUGUGGAAAGCGACAGGGUCCACAUUGAUAUCCCUGCAGACCUAGAAGUUUUUAUGCGCAAUGGUUGGAAAAGCUCGACUCUACUAGGAUACAACAGCGCCGUGAAAAAGUUCAUGGCUUUCCGGAAAUCAGAGGGAGAGGGCGAAUUUCUUUUACCAAUAUCAGGUUCAGUUCUAGAAGCCUUCUGCAUUUGGGCAGGCAGGAAUGCCUUUUCAACAAAUGGAGGCAAAAUCUCGUCGAAUUCUCUUCGCAAGUACAUAGCCGGACUCAAGGCGUGGCACAUAUAUCAUAGCGUGGAGUUCCCAACGACGAACGAGUCGAGGAUCAAUCUCCUGUUAAAGGCAUCGGCAAAACAAGAUGCGCUGGAAACAUCUAUCAUCAAGAAGAAGCCAAUGAUGUUUUGGCACAUGACUUACUUGUGGCAGACGCUGCGCGAAGGAGACGAUUUUGACAAGACGAUCCUCGACCUGUUCAUCGUCGCCUUUUGGGGUUUGGCAAGGUUGGCAGAGUUAACCUACACAUCGGAGAAAGGCAAAAUUAACUUCGCGGAAUCAGUUUUGACGACGGAUGUUUAUCUGACUACUUGCACGCGAGGAAAAGCAGCAACUCUAACGAUAAGAAACGCCAAAACAGGCACACCGGGAACACCCCAACUAAUCACCCUGGGCAAACAAAAGCAUGCACUAUGCCCAGUAGACGCGAUCAAACGCCGUCUAGCCGCGGCGGAAGGGAAACAGACAUCUCUUUUCGGGUACGACGUCAACGGGUCUCGCCGUCACAUAACUAGGAGGAAGGCCGUCUCUCGCUUGGAGACAGUCCUGUCCAGUGGCGGUUUCAGUGGGCUCAAAGGGCACUCUUUUCGCGUAGGGGGGGCCUCACUACGAGCCGCGUUGGGGAUGUCGUGGAACGACCUAUGCACUUUGGGACGAUGGAAGUCUGACUGCUAUAAAUUGUACAUAAGGCAGUACAACACGACCGACCUGUCACAUACUAGGGCUUUGCUACGCGAGUUUAGACGUAGCUGGAGAAGGAUGGGAUUUUAG